UGUUCUAUAUUUCUUGAUAAAUUAUUGUAACUGUGCACUCACAGUUAUCUAUUUAAUAUUUUAGAAUUUAUUUUGAAGGAUUCUUUGCAAUAUUCCUUGGUUCAGUUAAAUUAAAACAUUUGGAAUGCUGACAAGAUCAAGAGCCUUCUCAACACAGGCGUUAAAAGUUGUCAACAAUGUUGCUAGGCAACAGUUUGUAGUCGGCUUGAAGGAUGCAGAAGCUACACUAAGCUAUGAACAAAAGGGGAAAGAAAUAUCAUUCAAUCAUACAGAGGUGCCUCCAGUGUUCCAAGGAAAAGGUGUUGGGAAAUUACUGGGACAGCAUGCCUUUGAAUAUGCCCUCGAAAACAAACUAGAUGUUACUUGCAGAUGUCACUUCCUAGCGAAGUACUAUCAGGAUAACAUUAAUAAGUACAAAAACCUUAAAGUGAAACUUGACUUAGAAUAGUUGUAAGAAAAUGGAAAACAUAUGGCAUAGGAGUAACAUACAUUAUUAUUUAAGAGAGAAGUGUUUUGGGAAAGCUAAGGAAAUUGCUAAACAUGCUUCAAUACAAUACAAUGAUUCAGCAGAAUUUUUAUUUUAUCACGGUUUGGCGAACAUACUUGAGGGACAGGUACAAACAGGAAUACAUGAAUUGUCGCAGCUACAAUCUGAUAAAGAUGUGCAGUUGGCUGUUGUUAUGGCAUUAAUCUAUAGCUAUAAACUAGUAAAUACUAUGGAAAGAGAUGAACUCUACAAUUUAGAAGCCAAAUUAAAAGAAGAACGGAAGUAUGCUAGUGCAAUAUCACUAUACUUUGCUGGUCUGUUCCUGUUCUUUGCAGAAAAAUAUGAGAAAGCAACAGAUUACAUCAAUAAAUCAUUGAGAAAAGAUCCCAAUUAUCUAGAAGCUAUUAUUCUAAAAGCUUACAAUGAUAUGUAUAUUAAUUUGGAUAUGCAUAAUUCUAUCUAUGACUGCUUGGAAUUGGUUUUGAGUAAAGACAAUAAAAAUAUUGAUGCUUUAUUAGCGUUCGCUAAAUUAAAAUACCUGGUUAAAAAACAUGAAGAAUCUAAUUUAACGUUAGACAAAUUAAUAGUCCAUCAUCCAAGACAAGUUGUACCUUUGAUUGAGAAAUUGAAAAAUGAAUUUGCUACACAGAAAUGGGAAUCUGUUUAUGAUACUAUUGAAAGAGUGCUAUCAUUAGAACCUACUAAUGUUGAAGCACUUAAAAUAAGAAUAUUCAUAGCAUUAUGUAAGAAUUCUGAUUAUAUAGAAGCAGUCGAUCAGUUAAAUACACUGUUUAAUGUCUUAGAGAAUGAAGAGAGUAAUAAUGCAUAUCAGUUUUACAACACUGCACAAACAUUUUCAAAAGUAUGUGGAAGAUCAAGUACUGUUAUAUCACAAGUGUACAGAUUCGCGCAAUACGCAUCGGAAAUGUAUUCCAAUAAUGUCGAUUAUUUGAGCGAAGUUGGCUACCAGUGCAUUUUACAAGGCAAAUACAAAGACGCGUUAAAUUUUUUCAAAGCAGCAAGUAAAAUAGACAGUAACUCAAUAACCGCUUUAUGCGGUUUAACUUUAUGUCAAAUGUAUGAUAAUGGUCCAACUGACCAAGUAGCGCAGCAAGUAGAAUUACUAUUUGAAAUGCAAGGAAACGACAAGUUUCCCAUACUGUAUUUACUAUCAGCAAAAUUGAAUAGCAAAAAUGCCAAUGCCAAAACAUUCUUGAACCAAGCAUUUGAAUCUCAACUGUCAUAUGCAAAUCAAUAUCCGUUCAGUUUGUUGUACAUCAAAAAUUUAGAUCCUGACUUCUUAUUGGAGGUUUACAAAGAAUAUAAGAAGCAUCUUCCUAAAAAGCCCUUUUUAAUAACCAGCUAUUUAUUAUACACCCAAGACGACAAAGAUACUUCAGCAGAGACGUGUUUGAACAUGUUGAAUACCAUAUGUAAGGCAUGUCCUGGCUUAAUACCAGCCCAUUUUGAAUUGGCCAAGUUAAGAUUCCUAUCUGGUCAGGCGUCGGAAGCGGAGAAAUUGGCUUUACAAAUUGGAGAACUUGACAAUACGCACGCAGGAAGUCAUGUCCUCUUAACUCAGAUUUAUAUCCAACAACAACAAUAUACAAAAGCCUCUCAGUGCCUUGAAAUGUGUUUGAGUUACAACUUUAAAGUGCGGGAUAGUGCUAUGUAUCAUUUUCUAAAUGGAGUCAUUUUGAAGAACACAAAUCAACUACAGGAUGCCUUGUCGUUUUUUUUGACGAGCGUACAGAUAUUGAAUAGCAAGAAUAAUAUUGGUUCGAAUAAACAAACUGACGCAGACUUGAAUAUAAUAGAUAAAGCUACAUUGUAUUUCCAAGUAAUAGAGUUGCAGACUGCAUUAGGCCAAUUUGGAGAAGCUGGGAAAACUAUGCAGGAAGCAAUACAAGAAUUCUCAUACACCUCUGAAGAGAAUCGUCUGCUAAUCGCUCGUGCGGAUAUAGCCUUAAAAAAGGGUGACGUAGACAAUGCUAUAGACACACUCAACGAUGUGAAACCGGGCCAGCCGUAUUACUUCCAAGCUCAUAGCAAAAUGGCGCAUAUAUAUCUAAAAGAGAAGAAAGAUCGGGCUAUGUUCACUAAUUGCUUCAAGGAUAUUGUCAGCAACCAUCCAAUGGCAGAUGCUCAUACUAUGAUGGGGGAUGCUUUCAUGUCCAUUUUUGAACCAAUACAAGCAGCGGAAUCGUACGAAUCGGCGCUAAAAGGCAACCCCAAAGAUAUACAACUAGUUAAAAAACUUGGCGCUGCGUUGAUGAAAAUGCAUGAAUAUGACAAGGCAAUUCAACACUAUGAAAAUGCGAUAAAACUGACCAAUGACGAUGAACUUAGGUUCGAACAUCUUGAACUUCUUAUCAAGCUAAAACAAUACGACAAGGUCGAUUCAGUUAUAUCGUCCGAACUAAACCAACCGAGCAAUAAAGAAAAAGAUACGGCAACAUUAAAAAAGCGCAUAAAACUGCUUCUAGUUCAAGCAAGAAGUAGGGAAUUGAAAAACCCCGCUACAACAAACACUAACUUAAUCCUAGCGGAAGCUAAAGAUCUGCAAAAUGCGGUGUUAAAAAGAGUAGAGAUAGACUCGAAAGCAGAUAUACAAGAAGAGAAAGAGAAGAUGUCUUCUAUUCUCUGUUUGUUAGCGAAGGUGAAAGCGUAUAAGGAACCGGCUGUUGCUACUAAUUUGCUGUCUGAAGCUCUUAUUUAUUCGCCCAGGAAUUCGGAAACUUUGUUGGCAUUGGCCAAGUUAUAUGCUCAGAUGAAUAAUCCAGAAAAAUGUGAACAGACUUGUGGAAUUCUCCUGAAUUCUGACCCUAACAAUGAAUCCGCCGCUGUUAUGAUGGCUGAUUUGGCUUUCCGGAAGGUAGAUCUAGAAACAGCGCAACGUCACUUGACCCAGAUACUAUCAGUGAAGCCAAACAGUUGGGAAGCGCUCGCGCAGCUCAUAGAAGUGCAGUGGAGACGGGGUUCGUUAGCUGAAGUGGAAUCGGCCAUAGAACGUUCUAGAGAAGCGAUCGGGAAGAAUGAGGAUCUUGGUUACUCAUACUGCGAGGGCCUAUACUCCGCGUACCAGGGCAAAGUGAACGCAGCGCUGCGGCAGCUGAACGCAGCGCGACGUGCGACACGCUGGGCGAGCGGGGCCGCGCGACGCAUGGUGCUGCUGUGCCUCGCGCAGCACGCGCCGCGGGAGGACGAUACCCGAAUUCUAGCACUGCGCACAGCAGAGAAACUGCUUCUAGAAGUUUCGCCAUCGGAGCGAAAAGGUCUACACGCACUACUGCAAUUGGCUUCAAAGCAAAAGUCGAACGCAGAGAGAGUACUGCAAGAGUUAUUGCCGUCCGUCAGCGAGGAGGGGGCACAUGACGAUCCAUAUGUUAUAUUGGCUAUAGCUAAUGCGUACAAUAUUGUCAAGCAACCGACACGCGCGAAAAAUAUAUUAAAGAGGACAAUAUCAUCUAUACCUUGGACACCGGAGAAUGCAGAUGGGUUGGAAAAAUGCUGGUUAGAAGUGGCAGACAACCAGAUAAACUCUGGUAGAACGGAUGCGGCGAAGGAGUUAUUAGCAAAGGUGCUCACACACAACAAAUCUUGCGUUUCUGCUUAUCAGUACUUGGGUUACUUAUCGGAAAAAGAGCAAAACUACAAGAGCGCGGCAUACAACUACGAAAACGCGUGGGUUCACUCGGCCAAAACCGACCUGGCCAUUGGUUAUAAACUAUCAUAUGCGUAUUUAAAACUUAAAAAGUAUCCAGAAUGUAUAGUUGUCUGUAGACAGAUACUGAAAAUACACCCAGAAUAUCCUAAGAUCAAAAAGGAGAUAUUGGAAAAGGCUAAAACUAAUUUACGAACGUGAAUUGAGUUUUUUUAAGUUAUUGAAGUUCUACUUCUUUUGGCGCGAUGGAGAAAAAUGAUGAGUGAAUUUUUACGAUGCGCGCGCACACCGACACCUAAAUUUAACGGUAUGAAGUUAGUUCUAGGUGGUAUGAAAAUUGAUAACUAUUUUCAAGUUGUAUAUGCUAGUAUUUUCCAUACGCCAAAGAAGUAUAACUUCUAACGCGUGUACAUAAGUACACACACUCUUUUUUUAAUCAAUAAGAGUUUGAGCAGCACGCACAAUUGUUUAU